AUGUUAGUACGGAGGCUAACGAGAUCCUUGUGGAGCACAGCGGUAAGAGUUGAAAAGAGGUUUCUUGCCUCCGAGCCGUUGAAACCUCAACCUGAAGAGAAGGAGGGAGUUGAUCCAGUCCAAUUGGAAGCUUUAGACAAAGACAUUUGCCUGUUAGUAGAUGAGAAAGACAACUUCCUUGGUACAGCGACCAAGAGAGAAUGCCACAAAGUAGGAGAAGACGGCAAAAUAUUACUCCAUAGAGCAUUCAGUGUGUUUUUAUUCAACAAGAGAGGUGACAUGCUUCUGCAAAGGAGAGCUAGUCAAAAAGUAACAUACCCAGACUACUACACAAAUGCAUGUUGCAGCCAUCCACUUUACAUAGAUGAUAAGGCUGAAGAUGUCAUUACGGCAGCUAGACGAAGGCUCAACUACGAACUGGGCAUUCCUUUAGACCAGAUGGACCCAGAGUUGUUCACGUACAUGACGCGCGUGCACUACCACGACCCCGGCGACGGCGUGUGGGGAGAGCACGAGAUCGACCACAUCCUCUUCUUCCAGAGCGACGUCAAGGUCAAACCCAACUCCAAUGAGAUAUCGGAGUAUUGCUUCGUACCCAAAGCUGAGUUUAACGCGUUCAUACCAACUCUGGAAGGUCCAAUCACACCUUGGUUCAACAUGAUUCGUCGUCACAGACUGAAGCUGUGGUGGGACAACCUGCACCGUCUGAAGGAACUCGCCGAGCCUGACAAGAUACAGAAGUUUAUGAACGAAACUAAAUAA